AUGGCUAUAGUGUUGGCAAUCCAAAAAUGGAGGCAUUAUCUCUUAGGCAGAAGAUUUGUAGUGCAUACAGAUCAAAAGAGUUUGAAGUUUCUAUUGGAGCAGAGAGAGGUCUCAAUGGAUUAUCAGAAGUGGCUUAUCAAGUUACUUGGGUUUGAAUUUGACAUCAUUUACAAGCCGGGAGUAGAAAACAAAGCAGCAGAUGGAUUAUCUCGCAUAGUUCGAGAACAAGAGGGUUUCACAUCUGCUCAGUUGUUCGCAAUCACGAUCCCUGCAACUCUACAACUCCAAGACAUUUAUAAAGAAAUUGCGGAGGAUAGACAGAUACAGGAACAGGUGAAUCGUGUGUUGGAGGGGACAGAAGAGAAGAAGGAAUAUAUAGUAGUGGAAGGAAGACUGAGGAAGAAUGGAAGAUUGGUGAUUCCGCGAAAUUCUUCUCACAUUCUGCUUAUACUUCAAGAGUUUCACGCGGGAGUCAUCGGUGGACACUCAAGAGUUCUUAAAACAAUGAAGCGGAUACAGAACACGUUCUACUGGAGGAAGAUGGUGAAGGAUAUACAGAAGUAUGUGAAAGAGUGUGAUGUGUGUCAGAGGCAUAAGUACUCAACACUGAAACCAGCGGGUUUGCUCCAACCAUUACCCAUCCCUAAUCAGAUUUGGGAAGAUAUUUCCAUGGAUUUCAUUGAAGGACUUCCAAUGUCACAGGGAGUGAAUGUGAUUUUGGUUGUGAUUGAUAGACUGAGCAAAUACGCACACUUCUUGAGGCUUAAACAUCCAUUCACGGCGACUGAUGUGGCUACUAAGUUCAUUCAAGAGGUGUCUGACGGCCAGACGGAAGUUUUGAAUCGUUGCCUUGAAACCUACCUCCGUUGCUUUGCUUCUUCACAUCCGAAGUCUUGGGGGAAGUUUCUUGCGUGGGCUGAGUUGUCUUACAACACGAACUUUCACACAGCAAUUGGUACAACUCCUUUUCAAGUGGUCUAUGGAAGAACUGUGCCAAGUUUGUUGCGUUUUGAGGAGAAGUCUACGGCAAACUAUGAUGUGGAAGUGAUGUUAAAAGAACGUGAUGAGGUGUUGCAGGACUUAAAGAGUCAUUUGGUGAAAGCGCAGGCACGGAUGAAGAACAAUGCUGAUAAGCAUAGACGUGAGUUAGUGUUUGCGGCGUGUGAUAAAGUGUUUUUGAAACUGCAACCAUAUCGACAACAAUUGGUUUCAAAACGCUUGUAUCAGAAGUUAGCAGCUCGUUUCUAUGGCCCAUUUGAAGUAAUGGAAAGGAUUGGGAGUGUGGCGUAUCGUUUGAAGUUGCCUGAAGGGUCUAAGAUUCAUAACGUGUUUCAUGUUUCUCAGUUGAAACCAGUUUUGGGAUCGAGUCAUCAGGUUUCUGUUCUUCCUGCUUCAUUUGAUCAGAGACCUGAGCUCAUCAUUGAACCGGAAUCAGUACUCGAGACUCGUUAUGAUAAUGGUGGCCAUUUGGAGGCAUUGGUCAGUUGGAAAGAUCUUCCGGAACAUGAGAAGACGUGGGUUCAUGCUUCGGAGUUGAUCCAUGAAUUCCCCGAACUUGAGGACAAGCUUCGUCUUGACGAGGGGGGUAUUGUUAGGCCACUUAACCGGUUCGUGAGAAGAAGAAGGAAGAUCGGUUUAGAAGUUGCAAAUGAGGAAGAGACUCUAACGGAGCCGGAGGAGCAUUGGAAGGGAGUGGAAUCAGAUGAUUUUAAGAAAUGGGCAUUCAAGUUCAGUUAUCAGCAAGGAGAAGAAGCUAAAGGAAUUAAUGUCGGCACGCCUAGAAAGUUGAGGUAUCAGUUUCAAGCAGAGAAUCAGAUUGACCUUGGUAACAAGUUGUGGAGGUUUGACGAACAGACUUCUUUGAGGAGCAGUUUCUCCUCUAAAUCCACAUGGUGUCACCUAAGAGAAUCAUAUCCUCCUGUGUCGUGGCAUAAAGUGAUCCGGUUUAAGGAGUCUAUCCCUCGCUGCUCAUUCAUAGCUUGGCUGGUUUGUCCUAAGACACUACCUACUAGAGACAGACUCGUUAGACAUUUUCUCUAG